UACAGAUGUGUAUGGAUUCUGAAAAACACAUGAUAUAUACCUUUGGAGGCAGAAUUCUGACCUGCAAUGGCAGCGUUGAUGACAGCAGAGCCAGUGAACCGCAGUUCAGUGGAUUGUUUGCUUUUGACUGCCAGUGUCAGACAUGGAAGCUUUUGAGAGAGGAUUCCUGUAAUGCUGGACCCGAGGAUAUCCAGUCCCGAAUAGGACACUGUAUGUUGUUCCAUUCUAAAAAUCGCUGCUUAUAUGUAUUUGGUGGCCAGAGAUCGAAGACUUAUUUGAAUGACUUCUUCAGUUAUGAUGUAGACAGCGAUCAUGUGGAUAUCAUAUCAGAUGGCACUAAGAAAGAUUCAGGGAUGGUUCCAAUGACAGGUUUCACUCAAAGGGCUACCAUUGAUCCAGAACUGAAUGAAAUCCACGUCUUGUCAGGGCUCAGUAAAGACAAGGAGAAGCGGGAAGAGAAUGUAAGGAAUUCCUUCUGGAUUUAUGACAUUGUGAGGAACAGCUGGUCUUGUGUCUAUAAGAAUGACCAAGCAGCAAAAGAGAAUCCAGGUAAAAGCCUUCAGGAAGAGGAGCCCUGCCCAAGGUUUGCUCAUCAACUGGUGUAUGAUGAGUUGCACAAGGUUCAUUACUUAUUUGGAGGGAAUCCUGGAAAGUCCUGCUCUCCAAAGAUGAGAUUAGAUGAUUUCUGGUCUCUCAAGCUCUGCCGACCUUCAAAGGAAUACCUGCUCAGACACUGCAAAUACCUCAUAAGAAAGCACAGGUUUGAAGAAAAAGCUCAGACUGAUCCUCUUAGUGCACUGAAGUACCUGCAGAAUGAUUUGUAUGUAACUGUGGAUCACUCAGACCCCGAGGAGACAAAAGAGUUUCAGCUUCUUGCCUCAGCAUUAUUUAAGUCUGGCUCGGAUUUCACCACUCUUGGAUUUUCAGAUGUUGACCACACGUAUGCGCAGAGAACUCAGCUGUUUGAUACACUAGUCAACUUCUUUCCGGACAACAUGACCCCUCCUAAAGGCAACCUGGUAGACCUCAUCACGCUGUAACGGAGCAAUCACUGGACAUGUGGAAGAGGGGAAAAGCAUCCAUUUUCAGUAUUUUAAUUUUUUUACUGCAUUGAUUGACUGCUGGGAUGAAGUAAUAUAGUAACCCCUAGAUGUUUGAAAGGGGUUUUAUACUUGUAUGGUGAAUCCCUGAAGCUUUUCCCUUGGAGUAGGUUAAUAAAAUGUAACUGACGUACUUCCGACUAAA